CUGUUUUGACGUCUUCCGGUGUGGUCAGCGUACUUGUGCUUACGUGUCUGUCUGCCAUUUGCCGCACGAAAUACGAAAAGAAGGGAUAGACAACAAUAAACAUGACGUUCGGAAACACCUGAGUGGUUUUAUAACUUUCAGUAUUAGACAUCUUCAAGCACCACGAGUAAAGACAAGUCCAUAAAUUAUGGCUGUUACUGUUAGAGGGACAAUUCUCACAGUUUUGCUGUGUUCUUGUGUUCUGUUGGUCGGGUGUUCGCUCCCCGGUGUGGUGGACAACGAAGAUGGGACGGGGACCAUCACAAUGACUGCCAAUGUGGGCGAGGAAGAUGCACACAGUCCCUUUCUGCCCGACAGCCUAAGAUGUGAUGCGUGUAGAAUCAUCGCUCAUAUGCUGUACAUACGAUUUGACAAACAACACAACAAAAUGAAGUCAUUGAUUGAAAAAGUUGGACGUUUGAGAGAAUCUGAUGUGAUGGAUAUCAUUGACUCAGUCUGUGAAGAUAGUUUUGAAUCUAUCGGGGUGAAGGAAGUUAAUGGACGAAAGCGACUGUCUGGUCCGGGUUUGGAGACUAAAGACAUUCCAGGCGUGAUGCAAGGUGGUGGCAAGUGGCCGUACAGACUGCGGUCAAUGUGUGGCACGUACACUGGUGACGUCGGAGAGGAGGAGAUUUAUUCAGCGUAUUUAGAGCACAGGGAGAACCUGGUUGACUUUCUGUGUCGAGGAACGGGUGUGCGGGCAGAUUGUGUCAAGGAAAAUCAGAAAUCAAACGAGUCGAAAAGUGAAGAGAAGGAAGAACUUUGAUAUAAAACUUUGCCGAAAAAUAUUUAGCUUAAUAGUUUUCUCAAAAUUUCAUCAAAUGAAGUGAGUUGAAAAGUGAAGUAUGGAAGGAUAGAGUGAAAACAGGGAAGAAAUUUAUGUCAUAAAAAAACUUGCCAAAAUAUUUAGCUUAGUAGUUUUAUAAACAGAAUUUCCAUCAGUUGAAAAAUUAUGAAAAUGAAGAAAAAACUGAAGACAUGGAAGAAAUGUGAUGUCAUAAAAUAUUUUUCCAAAAUAUUUAUUUUAGUAACUUAGUAAAAUGACUUAAAAAGUGAAGAAAAGAUACAUGUAUCUUAAAAUCUUGCCAAAAUAUUUAGCUUACUGUAAUAGUUUUAUCAAAAAUUUAUGAUGUCAGAUUGUGUUAUUGAUAAUCUACAAUUGUGAAGUGUUUAACAAAUAACGGUUUCUUCCCUUAAUUUUCAAGGAUAGAACAGGGUAUAAUAUGAUAAAUGUACAUAUCAUUUGCAUAUUUGUAAAAUUAAUAUCUAUGUUAAAUAUGCAACAUUCAACACAAUGUGCUAAAAUCUAUGAUGGGGAAUAGCACUAUCAAAACACCAUAGGCCGAAUUUAUGAAGACUAUUUUUCAUAAACGCAGGUGUUUAAGCAUUGUAAAUGUAUGUUACACACGUGCCAGACAUAAACAGGCUUUGUAAAUUCAGCCCUAUGAUUUUAAAUUGAAUAAUAAGAAGCCAAAAGCACAUAAACUGCCUUUUAUUAGUUUUAAACAUAAUUAUACAUUAUGCACAAUAUAUAAAACUAUUUUAUUUCCAAAUAAUUUUUUCACAUUACUCCAUUGCAGCUAUAAAAAGUAAUAUGUAAUGAAUGCUUAGAUCUUAAAAUACUCGUAUAUAUGUUUUAAUAGUAGUAUCCAAAUGUUAAAAUCUACUGUGUGCUAUGGAAUUUUGAAAGUCGCGGAGUAUUAAUCCAAAGAGAAUUGGUGCAAAUUUUUUAGAAGAAAGUUAGGCCAAUUUUGAAUGGUCCGCCAAAAAAUAAAGAAGGGAGCUACCUAUAGUUUUGAAAGAUUAGUAAGCCGAGAGUAGCUCGUUAAGAGGACCUAGAUUGCAUUGAAUUGCCUCCCUAGGUUGCCCAUAGGGGCCCUUUAAAGGGACGUCACCUCCCUUUAGCAUGUCAAUUUAUACUCAACACAAUUUAGGGCCAGGAGACUUUUGGUAAUUCAUUGGAAGUGUCAAAUUAUUUUAGCAAGUUGAUGACUUCUUCACAUUGUUUCAGUAAAAUCUGAAGCAUGAUACAAGACAACAUCUUAUUUGUGAAACCUACUGAAUUGCACAUUUGGUUAGGAUUCGUUACAUGUUAGCUCAUAACAAUAUUUGUCAUUUUGUGUGCUCUAAAUUGUUGUCUAAAUCUAAACGGAAGAAUUUGGUUUUUUUUCUCUAUAUUUAAAGCAAAAUAGUGAAUAUAUCUACUGCCUCUCAAUUAAUUUUGUUGAGUAUAUACGGUGUCAGUAUGAUAAUAUCUUAAAUGUUGUCCCAUAAGCAAUUAAAGGCAUAGUCACGGAUUUAAGACCUUAUUUCUCUAAAAAUGGAUAAUAAAUAAAAAUUGCAUUAAUUGUUGGAAACCAAAUCUAGCUGUCGCAUCUCCGUAACUGAACCAUGAUGGAGGGAAAUCCAUGUCAUCCCUCUCGGCAA